GUGUGUGUGUGUGUGUGUUCGUGUUCCCAGGUUUUAGCCACUGUUGAAGCUCCGGGUGUCUGGCUACUGCCUUCUGAAAGGAAGAAGAGUCUAAAUUCAGCAUCCCUCUUCCAGCCCUUAAGGGUUGAGAUGGCUCCAGAAAGUUAUAGUUCCCCUUGCUAGGAAUAAAGAAUUCCCUGGCAGUGUUCUCAAGAAGUGCCUCUCUCCUACCAGUCUGGGCAUCACUGCUUCAGCUCUGGAGAAGACGGCCAGAGGAUCUCUUCACCCUUUCCCAACUGACACUUGACCUUGCUCUGCACCCCUCCAGAGUCUCCCACCAACAGGAGAGCCACCUGCAAUUCCUGUCGAGAGUGGGAGGGAUCCCCGGGGCUUGCAGAACCACACCCUCUCGCUGCACCUCCCCCACUGUCCAGUCCAGGCAAGGGUUGAACUUUGGGGCUUUGCUGGGAGGGGGAGGGGAGGUGAUAGGCUUCAAAGGAAAAACCAAGACAAUGACUCCUGCUUGUGAUUGGCUUUGGAGGGCCACUUCUUAGGUUGGGAUUGCCAGCCCUGCAGAGAGAAGGUUGGAAGGCAGGAGGGGAGCCCCUGCCAGGUGACUGGCAGGACAGCACUUGGUCUUUUCAUCAGGAAACUUUGUUUUCUUCUUGCUGAUAAGCUGGAGUAUCCCCCACCCCGCCCCUUUGGAAAUACUAUCCAAAAAACACCAUGUGUCUGCUUUACCAUCCUAGCAGGCAUCUCUUCACUCUCCAGGGAAGAGGGCAGAGAGGGCAUAGAUAGCUUGGGGACUGGAUGGGUUGGUCAGAAGAUAAAAGCAGACACCUUACAGAGAGUUUGCAUUUGGGAAAGACAGGAUUUCUGAAUUUCCCUGAGACCCUGAGAUUCCUUUAAGUAUUUCACCAACCGGCAGACCAUUUGGCUUAUUCUUUGAAGGCAGGAGACUAUGGGACAGAACUCCUGGAGCUAUCUAAUUGAGUCUGACAAAGUUGUCUCUCUGUAUCCUUAAUCAUUCAAGUGGUUGCUGCUUCCUGCUGCCCCUAGAGCCCUAAGGGGUGCCUGGCCUCUGUGUGUGUGUAUGUGUGUGUGUGUGUGUAGGAGGCUGGGUCAGAAGCUCAAGAUGCUUAGACUUCCAAGAACCAUCAGGUGGAGCAAGAGGAACUUCUUUGUCACCAAGAAACUGAUAUCAACAACCUGAAUAGUAUAGGCAGUGAGUGAGGUCACACAGAGAAGACUGACUUUUACUUCCUUCUGUGAGACAGGUUCCUCCAAUCUCGGGUUCAGGGCUGGCAGGAAUGGUAGACUGUGGGGAUGAAGAUUUGGAGUUUUAGUGACUAGUGAGUAGACUGAGCCCGGGAGGCUGUAUCUACCCACUUGCAGUUGGCAGACAGCUCUGAUCUGCUGGAGAAAAGCUGAGAGGGCAGCUGCAAUGGCUAACUUGGGUCUUUAUCCCCUCUCCAGGACACACUCUUACCACGCUGCAGAGCCUGUUUGUUGUGUUGUGCAAGCAGUGGGUGGAGACUAGAGUAAAUGGGCAAUAGGGCGGGGCUUAGCAGGUUUGGAGGGAACCUGGCUGCCCUGGGAUUGCUGGCUUUUGUUUUUGUUACUGAGUCUGGAGCUCUGCUCAGACUGAGAUGAGAGCUUGGAGGUUACGCCUUAGGGUGGUGAUUGGGUGUGUGUGUUGUGAGCACUGUGUGUACAGCCAGCCACAGCCCCCUCUGCCCUCCCAAAGCCACUUACAGAGGCUAGUCUUGGUUAUACUUUCCCAGGUACCCUGCAUGCUUACAGCAGCUGCUUCUACCCCUGCUGUUGCUCACAAGCCUCAGAGUCAAAAACUUCAUGACCAGCCUAGGUCAGAAGGAGGAGGAGAGGUGAAGGGGGGUUCUGAGCAGGCCCAAAGAAGAGGUAUAAAGAGUCCCUGAAUGUUGAGGCAGUCCACAUUUGGGGAAUGGGUGUAAAAUUCAGCACACCCUUGGGAGUGCUUUAUUACCAGGGUUGUAUGCCAUCAAUAUGGGUCCCGCUCCUUCAAAUUAGAAGGUGAGAAAGAAAGGGAGGGAAGUCCUUCCAGGUAUGGUCUGGUUGUGGGGCAGUAUCCCAGAUGCCUGCACUGCUCCCUAACAGGGGAGAUGGAGCCAUCGCAGUGUGUGGAGGAACUGGAGGAUGACGUGUUCCAACCAGAGGAUGGGGAACUGGGGACUGGGAAUGUGCUCUCUGCUGACCUGUUUGCCCAGAGCCAGCUGGACUGUCCCCUUAGCCGGCUUCAGCUCUUUCCUCUCACCCACUGCUGUGGCCCUGGGCUUCGACCAACCAGCCAGGAAGACAAAGCCACCCAGACCCUCAGCCCAGCCUCCCCAAGCCAGGGUGUCAUGCUGCCUUGUGGGGUGACUGAAGAACCCCAGAGACUCUUUUAUGCACCAGCAGAACCGAAAUCGCAUGUGGUGGCAGGUCCUCUUUUUCCUACACAAUCUGGCUUUGAAUGGAGAAGAGAACAGGAAUGGGGCAGGUCCCAGGUGAGGCUGGGCUGCCUUCUUCGCAUGGGACACCAGGAACGCCGUCUGGAACAGGAAGGAACAUCAGGCAGGACUGACGCUGUGUCUUAUGGAGUUGUUUUCUGUUGUAUUUUAAACAUUUCUUUUUGUAUGUAUAUAUGACAUACCCAAGCGGGACUUCCUUUCUCUGUUCGGGGCCUCAACCAGGAACAGGGCCUUUGUCAAACACUGUUGAAGGAGAGGCUGAUGAUGUGUCUGUGAUGGCGGGAACUCCCAAGGCCUCCGACAAGUAGAUUCCUUCAGUCUCCAGCCAUCAAAGAUGACCACUUAGCAGUGCUCUCCAGGAAGUGGACUCUAGUUUUCCCACAAGAACUCAGUUAAAAAAUAGACUGGAUUGGUCUCUUAGUUACGCCAAACCUGUCAGCCUUCCAUUGUGGAUGGAGCCAUGAUCCUGAUGGUCACAUUGCAUUAAGCCAGCGGGGCCUCGGUCACAGCCUUUCUAACUGUGGAUGGCAGCUUUACCAGGCUGACCAGCCAGCUCCUUGUCUGGCUGGGUUCUCACUUGGUCCAGCCAUUCCUGUCCCAAGGGCUCAGGGAUUCCUGCCCAGCCCCUGUCACCUCCAACAGACCUCAGGGAGGGUUGUGUUUCUCCAAGGACCCCUCAAAUAUGCCGCAAAAUGAACCAAGGUUCUGUAUAGGCCUCACCUCUGACUUGGAGGCCCCAAGAUUGGUUCACGGUGUAGAACCGCCACGGCCUCUGGCUGCCUGGGACUGGCUAGGUGUCAACCGUGAGGGAGCUGAAUAGACGGUCAAUGUGCUGUAGCCAGCAGCUUGUGCCUUUGUCAGCCCAUCUUUCAAAAGACCCAACCAACAGCCUGCAUUCCACCCUCAGCAUCAGCACUGUGGGACAUAAAAGGGCAGGUUUGCUAUGGGGCUGGGAGAUGUGGUGGCUACCCCACCAGUAAGAGGCAGCCCCAGAGGACCCCAGCCAGAUCCCUCAGUUUCUGUGGAAACAACAUACCUCCUCCCCCACAUCCCCAUCCCUUUUUGACACCUAGUGGGAUAUAGGAAGAAGCCAGGAUAGUGGCUUUGCCAGCUGACUUUCGCCAGCGAAAAGUGACUUUUAGAGUAAAAGAUAAUGAUUAGAGUACGGAACCAUGAAAGCUGGGUGCAUAUUUCCUGUCUUCCUUAAGCUUCCCGCUGGGCCAUAAGGGCAUGCUCUGGAACCCGGCAGGACCACAGCUGCCUCUGAACUUGUUCCUUUCUCUCCCUGCUGUGGCUCUCAUGGACAGAAUGGCAGCCAGUAUGGCAGCUCUGAUAGCAGACAAAAGGAAUCUGUUAACCAGACACCUAGAAAUUAACUUACAACUCUUACAUAUGUGAGAAAAGUCAACAUUGGUGCUAAAGGUGAAUCAAGGCCCAAAGAAAAGGUGGCUUCUCUGGGCAGAGAAGACUGUGUGGCUACCCAAGGAAAUUGGAGAAGUCCAGAGUGGACUCUCAUCUGAAUAAGCCCAAGCUCAUCCAGUUCUGCAGAGAGGAGGGCUUCAGUGUUGUUCUGGAUAUGCUGUUGGACAGGUUGUUCACUGCACAAGGGCAUCUGCAGAGGGAGCUAAUGGAGGCUGAAAUCUAGCCCUUGCUCUGCUCACUAAGUUGUGUGCCCUGAUGUGGGGUUGCUUCUGCCCAGAGGAAGAGGGAUGCCUUUCCUAAUUUGCACAAAAGUGCUCUAUGGGCUUACAGCAGCCCUGAGGAGAAGGACCUUUAAUUACGUGCAUAAGCCUUUGUUUUGUUCUGCUCAGAUGUUCUGGAGAUAUUACCUCUUCUUGGUCAGAGUUCUAUUCUCAGGGUGUGUACCAUGGUCUGUCUGCUAAGAAGAUGGGUUCCUGCUUACAAGGAGGAGCAUGUCCCUACCAGGCAAGAAGUCUGGCUCCGGGAUACACUGACAGUUGUGAAAUCCAGCCUUCCCUGUGUGUCUCCGUACCAUUUUAUGAUGUGUAUAGGACAUACGCUGUUUUCCCCUCUCCUGAACUGAGGCCAUAACAGGCAGGCUGCUGGUGUAUGCUUUAGUGGCAUACCCCCCAAACCAGGUUUGUUUAUACCAGCCACUUUUAACCCCUCAUGGUAGACUUUCUACCUAAGCUGAGUGACAGAGUAAAUGGUCUAGACCUUUGCAAAGCUAUCAGCCUCAGAGGCCCAUCCCUGGUCCAUUCUUGCCAGGUCCAGGCUGGACAUGGCUGUCUUGAGAAUUGAGUCCAGAGUGUGACAAGCCCACCUGAACAUCAAGCCCAGGGCUAGGUGGAAGGUGGUCUGACUGCUCUGUCUCCAUCUUUUGCAAAGCUAGGAACUCACUAUCUGGGGUUAAGGUCCCUAUAAUCCUCUCCCUUCCCCUCAAAACACCUAGGAGGUAACAGGCAAAGUAGCCCUAAGAAGGCGAGAAGUUCCUCUGGCCUGGUUGUCUUUAAUUGGCCUAGUGAUCCAGACUGGCCCUUUCCCUUCUGCCUGGUGAGUUGGCCUAAGCAUUGCUCAAGUCCAGCCUCAGGAGAUCUGCCCCUCCCCCUGGGCUCCUCAGACCCCAUCCCCCACCCCCAGGAGCCUGCCUGUCUCUAGUGAGGGGUGGACAAUCAGAUUUAGAGGAGGGAGAGUCUGACCUGUGUCCUGACCUGUAACCAGCUGAAGAUGCUGGGAGUUUUGUGGCUUGCUGAGGGUGGGGGUUGGGAGAGAGACUGGAAACCUUUCUCCUCACCCUAGAAAUGCCCCAGAGGAAGGGAAGCCUGAUAUUCAGGGUCAAAACAGCCUUUCUAAUUCAGAACUUUCGAGUAGGGGUUUCUAGAAGUUAGUAGACAGAGCUGGGGAGGGAACUCCCCCAGCCAGAAGUCUGACUCCCUUAGUGAGGCUGGAAGACUCAGCCUGGCCCCUGCCUUGGCCUGUUUCAAAGUCUGGGUCACCAAAGAGCUGCCCCUGGGACCUUCUCUUGUUCAAUCUGAGGCAGAAAAAGAUCACCUCCAAGUCACACCCCCCUCAACUCCCAGGGCAGUGGGUCUGUGUCCAAAGCUAGGUGGCAGACUUGUCUCGAGGGCCAGAGGGGCCCAGCUGACCUGUCUCACUGCCAGGGGUGUCCUAGUCCCAUCCACAGGCAGCUCCCACCUGCACAUGGCAGGUAGGAGGGGGCACAGUGGUUUGGGACAGGCCAUCCUCAGCCUGAACCCUUCAGGGAAGGGUUCUGUGGAGCCACUGUGACUGUCAUGGUCAGCAGGGAAUACACUACCCCAAUGAGCACUAGUCUUCUUUUGGGGGGACAUGACGGGAGGUAGGAUAGGGACAGGGGAAAGCAGCAGGACUUCAGUGCCCAUGACUGCGGGUGUUCUGCAAGUCAGUGCUAGCCCAGGCUGGAGGAAGUUGCAGGGCCCCUCCCUGUGGGGAUGAGGACCCUUGGAAGUAGGCUAUCUGGGCAGAUGCUCUCGCAGGAAGGGGUUAGCCUACCACCCUUAAGGAGCCGUAGGGUUGGUGGGAACUUUGAGCCUUAAGGGAACAGCAGGCAAAGCUGAGCUCUCCACCUGUGUGCCAGCCUCCCCACCUCCCACUGAGCUAACGGUGCUCAGAACCCCACAUGGGCUCCUGGGCCUGUACUGCCUUCUGGGCAGGUGGCCCGCAGCUCUCCCUGCUCUAGGAGCAUUGUCCAGCCUUCUCCCCUGUCCCUGGAUCCACAGGGGCUGUCAGGGGGAGACCCAGUGGAAUGUAGCAUUUCAUUCAUCCCCAGGUGAGCUGCCCUGGGGUCUGGGCACUCUGCCUCUGGGAGAGAGAGAGGAAUGGGGACCCAUUUUCUUUUAACCUGUACAGAGUCUUCGGCUUUAUGUUUAUGUUCUUCACAUGCAUAUAUGUGCGUUGUACAUAUCUUUUCCCCCAUCAGUUGGUACAAUUUUUAAUAAAACCAUUUAA